AUGGAGUCACAGCAUGUGCUCAACCCGUGGCAGCAUCGGCCGCACAAGCAGGACUUUUACGACAACCACGACACUCUACAGCAACAGCACCAACAACAACAACAACAACAACAACAACAGGAACAGCAAAAACAGCCAAACAUAUCCCUGACAGACAACGAUACCACCUCUCUGGAAGACUUUUUCCAGGGCCACAAACAAGUCUUUUAUCAGUCCCAGAUGCUACUGCAGCAGCUGCAGCAACGCCAACGCCAACAAAAGACACAGGAGCACGGCCCAGAGGAACAGAGAAAAGGUCCAGCGGACGAGGAGGCUCAGGCAGAGGGCGACGAUGAUGGCGAGACUGACAGCCAGCGCACGGCCUGGAGUCAACUGGGCAUCGACUCGCCUAUGAAUCAGUCUUCAUCAACCCUUGCCGACGCCGACACGCCCAUCACGACGGUGAUCUAUAUGACGGAUUCUGACUUUGGAGAUGGGGACGAGGGUGAUGUUCUUGAGCAUUUGGUUCAGCAACUCCAGUCGGAAGUAAAGGGCACACGGGCUACAGUUUCCGAGCUCGAGACCAAGUUGAACUUGGCCGAGCAUUCCAACAGGCACAUUGUCGAAGAGCUCAAAAUGCUUCUUGCCGAUGCCGAAGAGAACCUUGCGGCAGCUGAAAACUCCGACGGCACCCACCCAUUACUUCAGUCGUCAAAAGGAGGUAGUGUGAGCGACGACGACCUCAACAACGUUUACAACAGGAUCUGUAUCGCCCUCCAGGCACUCAUCGAUGAUGCACAAUCGGCUCUCCAAAAGAACUCGACGAUAAAGCACACCUGUCCCAGCCCCGGAGAGGAAGGCGCUACCUGUCAUUGCCUAGCAGCAACAUCACCACCAUCUAGUUCACGAAGCAGCACCCCAAAUCUACCCUUUCGGAUUGCACCAGGAUACGACAGUACACAGGAUAGCCCGCUUGCAUGUCGCAGCUCGCCCAGGAACUCUACAACCCUCCUCAAACCAGUCCAGACCGAGAACCAGGACAUCCAUGAUUUCACAACGUACGGACCCAAGCCGUUGUACGCAAGCACGGACGAGGUGUCGAGAAUGCUCUGGAAGCAAAAGCAUGAGGAGCAACAUGACAGAUACCGCAAGUCGUGCCACAGGUUGACUCUGGAACUGGACGGCCGCCUUUUGUCAACAGACUCGGACGACUCGGAAGCCAGCAGCUUUGAUUUAUUACGACGGUCAAGACAUCGCCUUUCCUCCUCGACCCAAUCCUCUCGGCCUUCGACACCUUCCACACCUACAACACCAAGUAUACCAAGCACACCAACAACACCCACGACCCCUACUCGACCCCUCCAAGGCAUUCUCCGCUCAUCCAAGAACACGGAACGGCUCAAGAAGAAGUGCCAGGUGCAAUUCCUGAACGCCGACAUUGAAGGAACUCGCAAUCGGGACUGGGAAUCUUCACCACGACCACUCCACCGACCCACGAGAUCUUCAUCAUCAUCCACCAAGAACCAGCAAGACAAGCAGCAGCAAAAACUCCAGCCACGCCAGGAACCGGAACCACAGCAAGCAGUGUUGCGACAAUAUACCCACCGGAGUGUUAGCGUUGGAUCCAACAGUUCCCGCGGCGUCGUCCUGCAGCUGUACGACCUUUGGCAACAGACGUGGCUUCGGACACGGAUCAUGCACGUCAUUACAGGGUCGGUCGAGAUUAUUAUUAUCAUCUGGGUCGUCCUCAAAGCCAGCCAGGCGACAUUGUCGUGGUUCGGAGUCAAACCCAAGAACAUGAGUGAGUGGCUGAUGUUUAUCUAUGGACAGCGCGAUACCGCCGGAUCACAGGCCAAAGAGCUCUAUGCAAAGGUCAGGAGGGACGGACGGCGAAUGCGAGAAGUCAAGGCGCUUACACAGAAAGUGCCCGAGGCGCUGGUGGAGGAUCUGGUGGCGGGCGUGACGUCGUCGACCAAUGGACUGAUGUCCCCCUCUGCGAUUGUAUAUGGACCAGCCAAGAAGAUUGUUGCCCAUGCAGUCACUGGCGUUGCCCUUGCCUUUAUAUCCGAUGGUGCCCGGCGUCUGCUCAGGAAACUUUGA